CGGAUGACGUCAGGCGGCGGGGGAGGCUCGGCAGCAUGGCGUCUGUGGCGCUGAGCGAAGCGGAGAAGGUGUACAUUGUGCAUGGCGUUCAGGAAGACCUCCGUGUGGACGGCCGCGGCUGUGAAGACUACCGAUGUGUUGAAGUGGAGACCGACGUGGUGUCCAACACCAGUGGGUCUGCCAGGGUCAAGCUGGGUCACACCGACAUCUUGGUGGGCGUGAAAGCAGAAAUGGGGACACCGAAGCUGGAGAAACCAAAUGAAGGUUACUUGGAGUUCUUCGUUGACUGUUCCGCCAGCGCUACCCCUGAGUUUGAAGGUCGCGGAGGUGAUGACCUUGGCACGGAGAUUGCUAACACCCUGUACCGGAUAUUUAACAAGAGCAGCAUCGACCUCGAGUCCCUGUGCAUCAGCCCCCGGGAGCACUGCUGGGCUCUCUACGUGGACGUGCUGCUGCUGGAAUGUGGUGGGAAUUUGUUCGAUGCCAUCUCCAUAGCUGUGAAGGCUGCACUCUUCAACACAAGGAUACCAAGAGUUCGUGUUCUGGAAGACGAAGAAGGGUCAAAGGACAUUGAACUGUCGGAUGACCCCUACGACUGCAUCCAGCUAAGCGUGGAGAAUGUCCCCUGCAUCGUCACCCUGUGCAAAAUUGGCUAUCGGCACGUGGUGGACGCUACCCUUCAGGAGGAGGCCUGCUCCUUGGCCAGUUUGCUGGUGUCCGUGACCAGCAAGGGAGUCGUGACGUGCAUGAGGAAGGUGGGGAAGGGCAGCCUGGACCCAGAGAGCAUCUUCGAGAUGCUGGAGACCGGCAAGCGUGUGGGCAAGGUGCUGCACGCCUCCCUGCAGAGUAUUCUACACAAGGAGGAGAGCCUGGGGCCCAAGAGACAGAAAGUCGGAUUCCUGGGCUGAUCUGCACAACAGCCUCCAACUGCCGAAUGUUUGUAUCCUCCUUUUCCUUGGAAGCUGAAGUUUGUAUACAUUGUUUUCUUAACUGCUAUGAAUUUAAGGCAACAUUUGUACAUGUAAAAUUAAAGUCUAUUUUCUGGUC